AUGAUGAAAAAGAUUGAAAUUUCUAUGGUUAACCCUAAAUUAAAUUUAUAAUUUAAUUUUGUAUUUGAUUUAUUAAAUAUUUUGUAUUUAUGUUUUACAUAAUAUAUACAUGCUAAUCAUAAGUUUGAGUAUGGAUUUGUCAAUCAUUUGAAUUACUAAGAAAAUGCUAAUUUAAUUUUACAUUUGAGCAAAGCCCCGUUUAGAGAGGAAGAAUAUUAAAUUACUUUUCUAAGUAAUUCACUUAAGUACCCGAGUUGUACAAUUAAAACUCAAACUCAACGAAGAAUAAAAAAUUUAGUAAUACUUAAAUAUUGUUACACUAGAUUUUGAAAAGGCAUUCCCCUAAGGAUAUUCAUUAGAUAUCUCUAGUAUUAGCACUAUUGGUAAUAACGGUAAAUUGAAAUUUAGGAUUUAAGGUGAAAAUUGUUUGUAAGAGUCCAAAAUACUAUUUUAGAGUCGAAUUUAACUGGUUUGCUUUCAACGACGAAAGUGUUUAAGUCAUAAGCAAUUUGAAUAUUUCUAAUCCAUAAACUUCAUGCACUCAUCCAUACUAAAAAAAUUGCAAAAUCAAUCUUGCAAUUUCUAACUUUGAAAGCUAUUACGCCUCAGGAUCUUAAUUCAAUAACUUGACGGUAUAAUAAUAUAUUAUUUUGGGGCGACCAUAGAGCUUUAUUAGAAAACAUUACUCAAAUUGGUUAUCAAAUAUUAACAAGCUUCAAACCUGACGGCUACAGUUAGGUUUUCGAUUUUCCCUCAAGUUGGGCCAAAUAAAAUUGGUAUCUAAAUUUCCUAGGAUUCAAACAUGAUGAAACUGAUGAAAAUAUUAGAUUUAUGACAAAUAUCACAUAUUACCCUGAAAUUACAGUAGGAAUUUACCCAUUUAAUCAAUCAUUAUUAGUGUAGGGUAUACUUCUAUAAUAUAAUCAAUAUAACAGAAUCAUUUUUGUAUCAAUGAUCCUUAUUUUGAUCUAGAAAUAUUCAAAGGUGACAUUUAAUCUCGAUUUUUUUAUUAGAAAAAUUAAAUUGAUUCCCAUAUUACUAUUAAGGAAGUAAAUUACUCUCAAAAUCAAAAUAUAUUAGAAUAGAUCACAAUAGCAACAGAAAUUGAAUCUAUUUAGAUCAUAUUUUAUUGGAAAUGCAUUGAUAAGGAAUUGUUGAAGCUAACUAUUUUUUGUCUUGAAGAAUAGUGCUCUUCAAUUAAAAUCAAAUGUAAUGUCAAGAAAAUUAAAACACUAAGGCUAUAGGCAAAGUUUUAAUUCAACUAAAUUUCAGAGUAGUAUAUUAAGAUUGCUAAAACUUCUGCAUUAAUAGAGGCUACUUAAAUUUUGGUGUUUAACAACAACCCAUUUGAAUAGGUUCUAUUGAAAGUAGAAGUAUUAUCAUUUUUUUAAUUUAUAAAUAAUACAGACAACUACUUAAAACUUCACAAAUUCAAAACGGCAAUAUAAUGA